UGACCUUAUAGUCUCUCUCUCUCUCUCUCCGACCAUAACACUAACACACGACAAGUUCCUGUCUCCCUCUACUCUCUCGGCCUCUCCCCCGCGCAUCCGCGAUUUCAGCUUUGGAACAUCGAUGGCUUCCUUUGACGGGCCGAGUUUCCGGAUGAGUGAUGGCUCCUACGUGCAGACGAAGGCCAUUGACGUCGAUCCAUCGACCGAUCUUUCCCCUUACCUUUCCCGUAUACGAGAAGAUUCCAUCCAGAACGGAAAACGGGCUGUCAUCUUCGAUCUGUAUUGGGAUAUCGAGAAUCUCGACACAUCCAACGACAACAAGAACGCUGCUACGAAAUGGCAUCUAUCCGCAGUGAAGCUCAGUACGAGAAAGCUAUGUCUCUUGCUCAAGCUACCAAACCCAUUUCAGGACAACCUCAAGGAUCUGUACAGAUUCUUCACUUCCAAGUUUGUAACAUUUGUCGGGGUUCAGAUCGAGGAAGACCUCGCCUUGCUCAGAGGGAAUCAUGGGAUUGUGAUGAGAAGCGCCAUGGAGCUGGGGAAAUUCGCCGCGAAAGCCCGAGGGACACCCGUUCUUGAAUUCCUCGGGACCCGAGAUUUGGCGCAGAGGGUUCUGUGGUAUGACAUGAGCAGGCUGGAUUCGAUAGAGUCUAGGUGGGACGAGACGGGUUCUAAUGAGCAUCUUGAGGCUGCAGCCAUUGAAGGUUGGCUCAUCUUCAAAGUCUGGGAUCAGUUGUCACAGUGAUUCAUCCUCCCAAGUCCAGAAAGUCUUUUUGUUUGUGGGGGUUAUGGAUUGAAUAAAACCGAACAAAAGAUGUCUACUUUUGUGUUAUUGUUCGAACUAGACGACUUGUGUCUGUUUUUUUUUUGUUCUUGAAAAAGGGAUUUUGUGUUGGUUUGCUCUAAGAAGGAUCUGCUGUUGACAGAA